UCCUUGCAGUGAAAAUUUUACUUGCCACUCUCAUAGCCCCAAGAUAUCCAUGUAUCUUUAUUAACAGGCGCUUAACAACUUGCGUCAUUUAAAAUGCCUCCUCUGCCUAUCAGCUGAUGAUGGCUGCAGGAAGGUGGGCCUGGAAGAUAACAGCUAGCAGGCUAAGGCCAGACACUGACACUUACAGUUGUCUUUGGUAAUUUUUUUGCACUAACUUUAGGAGCCAGCUCAUGAUCUCAGGAUGUAUGGAAAAAUAAUCUUUGUAUUACUAUUGUCAGGAAACUUUGAGCAUUCAGCUGAGAGGCCAAGUUGGCUGCCUCUGAGAAGAAGCCCUUCCACCUCUACUCUAUUGCACUUGGGUGCCAUUCCCCUCAUUUGAAUGUCUCAAAGAGAUGAGCAAAGAAAUUGUGAGCAUAUCAGCAUCAAGUACCACUGUUCCGGCAAUGCACACUUCCACCUCUUCUUUGGUCCCAGGGAGUUAUGUCUCAUCACAGCCAAAUGAUAAGUACAAAUGGGACAUACAUCCAACCUCUCCUAGUGCUCAUGAAGUUUUGGAAUUUCCUGGUAGAAACCAUUACCCUCCAGAAGAGGAAAACAGAAAACGGGAACAACUUGUCCAUGAAUUCUCUGAACUAGUGAUAGCACUCAUUAUUUUUGGGGUGAUGGCUGUUGUCAUUGGAACGAUCCUCUUUAUUUCUUACUGUAUUCGCCGACUAAGAAAGAAAAGCCCAUCUGAUGUACAACCUCUCCCCCCACCUGACGCAGAGGUGCCUUUAAGUUCUGUUGAAAUAGAAAAUCCAGUCCUUCUAGAGGAAACUGAUCAAUGAGAAUCUGUUCACCAAACCAAAUGUGGAAAGAACACAAAGAUGAUGUAAGACUUCAGUCAAGUGAAAAAUUAACAUGUGGAUUGGACACUCCAAUAAAUUAUAUACCUGCCUAAGUUGUAUAAUUUCAGAAUGCAAUUUUCAUUAUAAUGAGUUCCAAUGACUCAAUGAUGGGGAAAAAAUCUCCGCUCAUUAUUUCAAGGUAAAGAACAAAUGUUUCCUUGAAUGCUUGCUUUUGUGUGUUAGCAUAAUUUUUAGAAUUGAUUGAGAAUUCUGAUCCAAAACUUUAGUUGAAUUCAUCUACAUUUGUUUAAUACUAACUUAAUCUAUUCUAUUGUAUUAUAAUGAUGGUUCUGUCAAAUGAAAGGCUUGAAAUACCUAGACGAAGUUUAGGUUUUCUUCCUAUUGUAAACUUUUGAGUCUGGUUUCAUUGUUUUAAAUAAAUUAAGGGGACACUAAAGUCCUAUCAUUCAUUUGCUUCAUUGCUGAACAGGUAAGAUAUAAUAUUACAUGAAUGAUUACUAUAUUUUGUUCACACUAAUAAAGCUUGUGCUCAGAAAUGCCAUACACACACACAUACACACAUGCACACAAACACACACAUUAUCAUUUAAUGCACAAAUCAAUGCAAAAGGUUUUCCCAUUAAUAUGAAAUGUUACAUAUGGAUAAAUACCAUAUUUAAAAUAAUUUGUCUAACAGUAGAACUUUGUCAGAGCACUCACUGAAGCUUGCAUUCCACUGAAAGAGUUAUUUGUGUAAGUAGAGUAUCCUGAGAAGGAAAAUAACUUACGACCUUUCUUUACAACAGAAACUCAACUCUAAAUUCAACAAAAUGUGCAAACUGGACAUGCAGGUGAAUAUUUUAAUAGGUUACUAUAUGUUCUCAAUUAAAUUCUUUAAUCUCUCCAGUCCCAGUUUCUCUUAUUAAUAAAACUUUGGAAAUUUCUUUAAACCAUUUACAGGAAAUUUCUAGAUAUAGAGACUAAGGACUGUGACUAUACAGCUGUCACUCUUAAGUUUAGUGAAACUU